AUGGAAACAGUUUCGCGUGAACAAACGACGGAAAAGGCAAACAAAGACGCGACGCAAAUGCAGGAUCCCAGUACAAGGCUGAGCGACAUCAUAAAACAGUGCACCAAUUCAACUGACCAUGUCAAAUUGGUGGGCGAGAAAGGGGAGGCGGCCUUGGCUGCCAGUCACGACGUCCUGAAACGAUUGAAAGACGAUGGCUGCGAUUUGAUCGGAAGUGUCGAAUCGAGUUCGGCGGUUCGCACUGGACGUCAACUGGACCAGCGACAGGCCACCGAGACGGAAUGCACGUCAUUAUCCGAAGCUUGUUCCACUCACGUUAAUGCCGUCGACAUUACAUUGCAGUCGACAUGGACGGAGGCUUUCAAAAACACGGCCCCUCAUCAAUUAACAGCGGACAUACAAGAAAUUCAAGGGAUGAGCGACGACGUGCUAAACACCCAGCAGGUACUGAUUGACCGAUUACGCGAAGAGGUGAAUCAAGCCGACAAAAUUAUCCAGCUGGAAAUUGAGCGCCAGACGGAAGAUCUCGGCGUGAUGCGCAAAAGGAUGAAGGAUCAUUUGGAUUUCACCCGGACCACCCAGCGCUGUCAACUGGGAGAGAUUGACGCAAGUUAUUUUUUUAUCUUUUAA